AUGGCCCUACAUCAAGAUAUCCUACCCAUACCCUCGCCCUCCAUGCUGUACCAUGGAGGCCAGUAUCAAAACUCAGCCUCGUCGAUGCAUCCUGAACCAGAAUGUCAGGCUGCAAUCAAAAAGUCGAACUCUGCUGGCGGAACCACUGAAUCGCCAUGGUUCUUGUGCAGUGCCUUCAGAUCUCAGAAAGUCCCUGGCACUCGAUGUCCUACCUGUGCCUUAGCUGGCAAAGAAGUUUGGAUUUAUCCGAGGGUUAAGUUUCGGCUGCCUCUCUCCUGGUUUAAAACUUGCCCAAAAGCACAAUGCCAAGAUGUGGUUGAGCAUUUCCCGCCAGCUGCGAACCACAGGACUGUGGAUCUCAAGUGUCAGCUGAACAUGACAUGA